CCUGGUCUAAAGCAAGUGAAUAAACUUCAAGUAGUUCCAAAGCUGGUUGUACUGGGUACAGCAUAAUUUCACUAGGUCUAUUCAUAUGCUUUCCAAGUGCGCAGCAGUCUUGUUUUGCGUGCUCUAUCGGAAAUCGUUCCUGCCGAAAAUUGGAUUAAACGUUACCUACACUCGGCGAUCUAGGUGUUUCUUCCCUCCAUUCAAGUAAAUCUUUGUAGUGUGCACUAGAGCUACGGAGUGCCGAAAUUGCUUGUAUGCUCAUAGCGCGUGUAUGAAAUCGAAAUAUUUCAACUUGUGUGAACUUUUGCACGUGCUUAUAAGAGCAAUACGCCUGCAAGAAAAAAGUAGAGCCAGUUUAUUAGUUUUAAUUUCAGCUAAGAUAUACUCAGCAAGAUUCCAUAGCAGAAAAUGCACAUACCACCCUGAGACUUCAUUCUGCCAAGUGUCUGUUAACCAUUUCAUAAACACAUCGGACUGGAAUUGAAUUGAAGUACUUUGGGGGCAGACGCUGCAGCCGGAAGUCGUGCAUUGUAUAAAGUGGAGCAAGGGAGAUAUUUUGUGGAUGAGCAACCUGUGCCCUGACUUAAUUUUAUUCUCUUGUCGCAAAUGUAAGGGGGUUCUGGUGCAAAAUGACUGAAUCAUCACAGGUCAGCAGUGGCAACAUGUGUGGGUGAUGUGAAUCUUGAAAAGAAAACUAGCACCUAUUUACUGUGCUUGUGAGUUCUUAAAUGGUGACUUUGGAAAGCGGUAUGUCAACUGAGCAACCAGAGACUGUAAAAAGCAACUAAUUUUCCAGUUGCUAGAACUUCCCGGAAGUUGCGAGGACCUGGGAGAUUAUCUCCCUUGACAGCGACGCCAUUUCGUAACUAAUUUCAUUCAUUAGCAGUGGAGCUGGCGAUACUGGUAAGUGACAGAGCUGGUUCGGUACUUCAGUAUAUCAAGGAGUAGGAGCACUUUGACGUGACCAUGGUAAAGAUAUUCAUCGGAAACCUGUCCCAGGACACCACGGCAGAGGAGCUUCGCUCUGUCUUUUCCCAAUAUGGAACAGUCUCCGAGUGUGAUGUCUUGAAGAGAUAUGGUUUCGUGCACAUGGACAGCAAGGCAGAUGCUGAGGAAGCCAUCCGCAACCUGAACCAGCGCGAGCUGAACGGUAUGGCCAUGAACGUGGAGUUGAGUCGCGGCAAGUCCAGAGCCACCACAAAGCUGCACGUGAGCAAUCUCAGCAGCGGCUGCACCAAUCAGGAGCUGCGCGCUAAGUUUGAGGAGUACGGGCCGGUGGUGGAGUGCGACAUCGUAAAGGACUACGCUUUUGUGCAUAUGGAGCGUGUAGAGGAUGCAAUGGAGGCCAUCAGUGGGUUGGAUAAUACUGCAUUCCAAGGCAAACUGAUGAGCGUGCAGCUGUCCACCAGCCGCCUGCGCACUGCCCCGGGCAUGGGAGACCACGCGGGCUGCUUCGUCUGCGGCGAGCCGGGGCACUGGUCCAAAGACUGCCACCUGGCUCAGAACGGCGGCUACGGCGUCGGGCCGGGGGGUCAGGGCGGCGGCGGCGGCUACGGCUUCCGCGGCGGCAGAGGCUUCCCCCAGGGAGCUCCCGGGUUCGGCAGGGGCGGGCCGGGGUAUCCCGGCGGUCCUGGGAUUCCGAGAGGGCCAGCGCCCGCUUUCUACGGGGGCUCGUCUUUCGGGGCAGGGGGGGGCUACGCGGGGGAGGCGUCCUCGCUUCCCAUGGGCCACAGGCCUGGCUACGGGCCGCCGCGGCCGUACGGCUCCGAAGCGCCGGCCCCGUACGGCGGCAGGGCCGAGAACGUCUUCCCCGACGGCACCGCCGCCGCCGCUUACGAAAGCCAGCGCCACAGCGGCGUGGAUUUCUACGAGCAGUUCCGGGCCCGUCCGUACGGCGCCGGCGCCAGCUACGGCGACGAGCGCCAUCUGCCCUCAGCCUACUCUUCCGUCCCCGCCUCACCCGCCAUCUCCAGGGAGCGCCUGCCCCUCGACCCCUACGAGCGCCGUCCGCCGCCCCCUCCGCCGGCCUCCGGCUCCUCGUACUAUUCGCGGGACCGAAGCCCGGUCCGGCGAGGCCCGGCCUCGGGGGACGGCGUCUCGUACGAGCGCUCGCGCCUCUCCCCCGGCUCCUCCGCCUCCAGGAGCUCCGCGUACGAUCUGGCGCGGGCCCGGGACACCUAUAGCGAUCGGGCGCGUUAUGCUUACUAACUCGCCCCCCCCCCCCCCCUUCUUUCUGCAAGUUUUGCGUAAACUGCGGGAGGUGCCUUUGGAACCGUUCCCCCAACCUCGCGUGGCAUGUCGAGAAGCGAACACUCUCACGAAACCUCCCAGCUGAGUUUCAAGAGCGGUGCGAGGGGACGGGAAAGGGGUUUUCCCUCAUUUUCAUUCCCAACACUGGAUUUACUCAUCUCUCAACCAGCUAAACAGACAUAACUUCCAUUUACUUAGAAAGCAACCAAUCCCUUAUUCUCUAUCGGCUCGCUGCAGACAUUCAUACACUGUGGAAUUUUCGGUAAUUUUUGUAAAUAUAUUAAUUUGCUUAAAUUGUUGUGGGUGCAAUCAUUACCUGUCUUGUCAUUAACGUUUUGUUUGAAUUCCAGAUGUAGUUAGUAGUCUGCAGUUUUAUUUGUGUUCAUGCACUUUGCUUGCUGUUCUGAUCAAAAAAACACCUUGGCAAGAAUCUUUUUUUUUUAUAAACGAGCACACAUUUUAAAAAAAUUUUGUGGCACAAAGCGAUUGUAUUUCGUCACGGCUGUGACUGUAAAAUACUUAAAAAUUAUUUAUAUUCUGAAGGAUACAGAUCAUCUUGUUAUUUUGUAUAAAAGUGGUUGAUGAAUCAAAACUUUUGAACCGUGAAGACCGAUGCUUGUUGGUAAUGUUGGGCUAUAGUUCAGAAUUAAUUGUAAUUUCCAAGAAAAGUUUUUUUUAGUUUGUUUUGUUCUGAAUGUGAGCAGUUGUUGGAAGUGCAUGUGCAUAUUACUCUUUCUUAAAAUAAGGUCAUUUCAGGUUAACCAAAAUAUAAUAGGCUAAUAAAUAAAGGGCGAAGUUGUAUUCAAACCAGACAUGCCGCUUUUCAUGUGUGUAUAUUUUGGCACAUGUUUUAGAUUUUUGCAUGACCUGUUACUCUUCUGUAAAAAUGCCCCUGGCUUUCACACCAAAUGGCUUUCUGCCAAAUAGCGUUGCUUAAUCUAGUUUAGAUGGUGGCUUCUGUAUAACCAAAGGUGCAAAUUGUCAGAAAUCAAGUGUAUUUUCCCCAAAGAUGGUGAAUUCCAUCAGCAGGGGAUUUUGACCUUAAUUAAAUUUUUUUUUAAAGGGCAGUGAUGGGUAAAUGAAUGUACAGAUGUUACAAAUAAAGUUUGAUUGAAUGACAAGUUUGCUCCGAAUACACGUUAAUGAAAUUUCCGAAGUUGGUGUGGCAUAUGUGCAUAAUUUAUGGAGCUGUCCUUUCAUUUUUACGCACUGAAAUUGCAUUUGUGAAUGCUGCAGUUUAAGAAAGAGAACUGAGAGUCUGAUAUUCAGAACAUUCCUGAAAGUAUAAUCCACAAACCAUGAUCUCUGCACAAGUGUACCAGCUAACCACAUUUGAUUUGAAUUAAGUCAGCCUUAACUCAGGGUCGUUUUUUUACUUUCAGACUACAGGGCUAGCAUGUGACCUUCCUAUUGAUGGGUGAUUUAAAAUUACUUUCUGUGCUUUGCAAAUAGUUUAUAAACUGGUUACAAAUGUGUAUAUUUUUAUGUAUGUUGCCUUUUUUAAUAAACCAGAGUUUUUGGUGAAAAUCUUA